UGUAAAAUGUAAAUUGUAAAAGGUGAAGGAAAAUGAAAUUUAUAAAUAAUCCCAUCGUGAUCCCAUCUAAAAUACAAAAAGUAUUGUAAAUUUUUCUUAACUUAAUAAAAUAGUUAAAACUUACUCAAUACGCUGUUUAUCUACCAUUUGCUCUGCAAUACAAACCUAUUAAUAUGUCAAUAUGUCCAAGGAAAUACUUUAUUAAAGACCUCAUAAACAAACCGACUCCCAUCGAUGUAUGGUUGCAAGGAACAAUCGAACAGACUGUAGGCCGCGAUAUUUUAAUAAUUUCCGAUACGUUUGGACGGGCAAAAAUCACCAAAUGUGAAACGGCUAACGGGGUUAUUGAUAAAAAUUCCAUAAAAAAAGGAACAUACUGCUGUAUAAUUGGGACAGCUGUCAAAACAAAAGGUGUACCUGAAGUUCAAGCUUAUAAAUUCAUUGAUUUGAGCUCACAACCUGAGAUGAAAAGUUCAUGGGAGAUCGAAGUGAAUGAAGCUAAUCUAUUUUUAGAAGGGAAGUUAAUACCUAAUAUUGAGGAUUGUCAUAAAUUAUAACAAUAUGACCAUUGAUGAUUUAUGAUUAACCUCAAUAAAAAAAAAACAACACUAUCUGAUAGAAAACUGGUGUAUUACUCCUUCACCACAAGUAAUCAGUUUACAUUUAUAAGUAGUUAAUGGAAUAUAAAUAGAAAUUUGCCAGUACAAUAAAAAAAAUAACAUUUAUCACAGUU